CAGUUGCCCACAUUAAAACACUCAAAGUUGAGCGUCGCCAUGAAGUCAGCCGAGCAAGUGAUGGUCGAGUCCUUCUUUGAAAGCUGUCCCUUUAGGAUGUCUAUCAGUACAGUGGGUGGUUAUGGUUUCGGUGCCGUUCUGGGAUUGAUCGGUGGUAGUAUGGAGCCCAUCGACCCGGAUAAGAAGCAGAAGGCCAGAGAUGUUAUACGAGAUAUGGGCAAACGCAGUCACGCCAUGGGAAAGAACUUGGCCAUGAUCGGUGUUAUGUUUGCGGGGUCUGAGUGUGUAAUAGAGACAGCUAGAGCGAAGUCAGAUCACUGGAAUGGGUUAUUAUCCGGGUGCACAACGGGGGGUGUCCUGGGAAUGAGGGCUGGCCCUCAUGCUGCAGUAAUGGGCUGUGCCGGUUUUGCUGCUUUCUCAGCCGCUAUUGAUUACUUUAUGCAAAGGAUGUAGGAACGCCACGGAACACAAAUGAUCCUUGGAAACGCAGCAGCAAGCGUGAAAAUGCCACAGAGCACUCGAAAAUGCCACAGAAGAAACGCCAAAGAUCUCGUUCAAAAUGCCACAGAUCGCUCCGUCGCCUUGAACUGUUGCGUCUGGGCAUCAUCUGGCUGUCUGAACGACAGAUAACCACACGACCGAUCGGAAAUCCCUUUUAAAACAACACUCACUAGAGUGUGGGUAAGAUCCGUCUGCGUUCUAUGGAGAGUACCCAAUAAUUAGCCAAGACCAUGCGGUUUAUAACUGAGCAAGCGCACGAUACCGAGCUGUGGCUCUCUAUGUGUAGCGGGUAUCGGAAUGCGUAGCUUUUGUAUAUAAAAAACGUCCACAUGAAAAUGAAAUUCAUACAUGUAUGUUAAACCCUUUAUAUAAAAACGUCCACAUGAAAAUAAAAUUCAUCCCUGUAUGUUGCUUUUAUACGCGUCUCCACAGCUGCAACCACAACCAUGUAUUCCAUAAGUCUGCAAUAUGGGAUAGUAAAGUCUUCAACCGAGCACGCGUAUGAUACGAAACUAUUGCUCUAAA